AUGGAGCCUCACUGGUGGCGGUACCUGAUCCUCCCGACCCUGCUCGCGGUCGCGCGACCCUGCCGCCGCGAAGAUGUUCACUACGACUUCACGGAAUGCCACCAGGGCCCCGCCCUCGACGGUGGCCCAGUGAGGGAAGCCUUUGCCUAUGUGGACCGCGAGUCCUGCAACCUCCGGGACAACCACUCGGUGCGUCUGCCGCCGCCGCUGUUGGAUUUGCCCUGCGAGCAGCCCUGCGGUGCCAACCGCUUUUUGCAGCUCAAGGAAGAUCAUCAGGCUUCACGCUUGAAGGUGAAUUGCAUCCCAUGUCCUCGUGGUCGCUUCUCCUUAGGGGGCGGCCUUUAUGUGGACGGCUCCACCAGCGAUUGGUCCAGGCCUUGGCCUGCCGGGCUGACGACCAGCUGCUUGUACCGCUCGUCGGAUGCUCGUUGGGUCUUGGGCGGCUCGGCGCGCUUGACGUGUGUGCUCCACGUGGGCAGCUUGCGAUUGGAGACUCGUGCAGGGACCUGGAACCAGAAUCUCCCAGACCAACUCCUCGAGGCGCCGUUGCAGUUGGUCGAUACCUCCGCGUGCGAGGCCAUCAGUGGUUCAUCGAACCUGGCCGGCACCGUGGCUUUGGUGCUCCGUGGCUCCUGUGCCUUUUCCACGAAGACCGAACACCUGGCGGCGGUCGGCGUCAAGGCGGUGAUUGUUUACAACAACUUGUACCAGCGGCCUCACUUCUACCCCGCCGCAGCCAAUGGAUCGAUGCCCAGCAUUCCCAUUUUCAUGGUCACUCGCGAAGAUGGCGAGCGCAUCAUCGCUGAAGCUGCUGAGACAGCAGAGACGUUGUUCGUACAGAUCCCGAGCAGCCGAUGUUCCUUAGAUCAGCGCGAGGUGGCGCCAGCCAGCAAUAGCAGUCGAGCCGCCGCGCCCAGCUCAACGCCGGCGCCGGGCGGAUCCAGUGGCAAGGCGUCCUCUUGGGAGGCCACGGAGAAGAGCUGCGCAGAAUGGAAGAUGGAUCCAACUGGUGCCUUCGUGCACUCGGGCGAGAACCAAGGCUUUCACUGGUUGUACUCCUUCCUCACGCUGUCCGUGCGCUUCGUGCGCGAUGGCUAUGUGCGCUUCCGCUAUGCGGUGGAUGCCGAGGAUGGCUAUGAUGGCUUACUCUUCGAGAUGGAUGGGGAGGUCGCCUGGAACAGCACGAUGAGUCAGGUGGCUCCCUGGAGAGAGUUCCGCUGGGAAGUGCCGAAAGGUGCCCAUAGCUUCACUUGGACCUACAAGAAGGACUUCAGUGGUUCCUCCGGCGAGGAUCGCGCGAAGCUGCAGUUGUUGGAGGUCAGUGGCACGGGCCACGCGGACUCCGAGUGCCGGAGCUGUACACUGUUGAGCAGCCCAGGAAGCCAAAGAUGCUUGAGCUGUGGCCGAAACGAGUAUGCAGCGUUGGAUCAACCUGGUCGUGUUCAUUGCGUCCACUGUCCAGCCAACACCUGGGCUCCUGCCGGUAGCGCCAGUCCAGAGAGUUGCAAGCCACGGCGACGGUGCACACCACAAGACGUGGAGCUGGUCUACCGUGCGCCACAAGGGAAGACCGGUGCCUGGUGCCAGGGCAACCGGACCUCCCUGCGUGGCUUUUGGCGCUCGCCCAAGGUUUGUGCGGGAGAUUCGUCGCCCCUCCAGGUGGCACUGCAGACGGAAGUGACCCAAGCAAAGGUCCAAAAGCCGUGCCCUCCCUGCCAGCCUUUCCAGUAUCGCCCGAAUGGGAAGCAGUGCGUGCCGCGUCCAGCAGUCACCUGCCGCGAGCCGCAGACUGCCAUGCCCGCCCUGGAGAUUGUCCAUUGGCAUCGCUGGCCACAAAAUUUCACCUCCUGGGUUUGGGGACGGUCUCCCGCCGAAGAUCACCCGCACGCGUGGCAGCGGACGGCGGACGGGCGAAGUGCCGUGGUGGGCAGCUCCUUUUUGGGUGAAGAGGUGGAGAGCUACACAGACCAGGCGUUGUUGAUGUUCGACGUGGACUUGGUGGGCCCCGGGGAGCUCUUCUUCACCUUGGAAGAGAAGCCCAGCGGCGCCUGGCAGCGCCGGGGCGGGCUCUAUGUGAACCACGAGCCACGGGAGGCGCAGCUGGUUGGCACGGUGAAUGGGCGAGCCUCGAUGAAGAUGAGCUUACCCUCUGGUUGGCAUUGGAUCACGUGGGUGUGGCGGUACCAUGGCCCAGUGAGCGAAGAGAGUUCCAGCGACGCCUGGGUGCCGCCGGACGAGUUGAUGGGUGUGAAGCUGUGGAACGUCACCGUGACCAACGUGCGAGGUGCCCCCCGUGGCCGUUGCCGUGCGUGUCCAGCGAACCAUGGGCGCUACAAUGGUUCCUCCACCUGUCAGCUUUGCCCCCCUGGUACGGAAGAAAGCUCCGGCCGCUGCAGACCCUGUGGCGCCAACACAGCGAAUGCACGCGCGGGUGGAAGAUGUAUGCCAUGUGGGCCAGGCACCAAGGUGGGUGGACAGGGCCUCGUGUGCAAGGCCAAAGCCAAGCUAGGCGGCGACGGCCAGUUGUCCUGGGAUGUUCGACGACUCCUGGACAGCUGGAAGAACAUAUCAGGCCGCGAAGGCUUUCAUCGCAUCUCUGUCGAAGACCGAGUCUACUACUUGAACUUGCUGCGGCCCAUGGAGCUCCAAGGCGCGAGUUCAGAAUUCUUGCACCAGAAGGCCUAUGCCUGGGAAGCUUUGCCACCGCGCACCGAGGAGGAAGCCGAAGACCAGACCUGCACGGCGUCCGCCUUCGUGCGGCCGCUCGUGGAUUUGCUGGAGGCCGUGAAGCCCAAUGAGGGGAUGCCUGCUGGGCUUUGGUUCACCUUUCUCGGGCCCUGCAUGAAGAAUGGUGAACCUUCGCAUAGAAGGCUUCACUUCCUUCUCAGCUGUCACCCAGAUGCGGCGCCGGAGGACUUCCGCAUGCUCAGCUCUAUGCACCCACCCUCCGUGGAAGGCUGUGAACCCGUGGCGCUGGAGUGGCGGAGCCGGCACAGCUGUCCCGUCUGCCAGCCAGGUGAUUGGGAGGCUCUGGCCCCGACGCAAUGCGACCCCAUCCGUGGGCAGAAAGUCUCCUUCGUAGCGCCCAGUGGAUGCCAGGGCGGUGCUCAGCGGCCCAAGGAGUACUGGGAGCCAUGCCCGGGAGUCUUGAACCUCAUGGCCUUGGUCUUGGUGGGAGCUUUGGUGGGUUGCGUGUUAUGUUGCUUGAGCAUCUAUGUCUUGCUGUUGCGGCGGCGCUACGCCAAGUACAUGACUCUGGAGGAGCAUCCGAGCGCUCCUGAGCCUUCCAGCAUUGGAGUCCCCACCACGCCCGAUUUCGCGCGAUGCUCGACCAGUCGAAGUUCGUGUUUGCCUCGUGGCGCCCUGGACGAUUUCGAAGACGACUUCGUGUACCGCGAGGAGGUCUCGAAGCUCAAGGCGCUCCGCGCCGUCCAGCGGCUCAAGGUGCAAAGCUCUUCUUGGGACACCGAUCUGGCGUGGGUGGGGCAAGUGCUGCCUUGGCUUCUGCUCGUAGUGAUAGGCUGGGCCCUCUACACUGUGGCCAAUCCGACGAACGACGCGGUCCCCACCGGGCGAAUGCCCACACUGAAGAGGUGGCUUGAGAGAGCGCCCAAACUGGCUGGUUCUUGGGGAAGCGGCCGUGCGCCGCAGGGCGCCGAGGAGGUGCUGGCUGCCCGCAGCAAGGCGCAGGUGCCAGCUGAGAACGUCGGAGAAGUUUGGGAACUCUACCUCGCAUGA